AUGAAAGGCAAUAAUACACUUUUGUUGAAUUUAUUCUACACUUUCUUACUGUUUCUUGGAGCUUCAAGCUCAUCAGAAUCAGGGAAUGGUGGCAAUAGUGACGAAGUUUAUAUAGUGUAUAUGGGAGCCGCGGAUUCAACAAAGGCUUCUCUUCGGAAUGACCACGCUCAUCUUUUGAAUUCGGUGCUUAGAAGGAAUGAGAAGGCUCUAGUAAGGAACUAUAGACAUGGGUUCUCAGGGUUUGCAGCUCGUCUAACAAAAGAGGAAGCGACAUCAAUUGCUCACGAACCUGGUGUCGUCUCUAUUUUCCCUGACCCCAUUCUCAAGCUCUACACUACACAUUCUUGGGAUUUCCUUAAAGACCAAUCUCGGUUCAAAAUCAACACCAAACCAGACAUAGUCUCCAGCUCUUCUUCCACAUCAGACGUCAUCCUUGGCAUAUUAGACUCAGGAAUAAGGCCAGAGUCGGCGAGUUUUAGCGACAAGGGUAUGGGUCCUAUUCCAUCUCGUUGGAAGGGCAUUUGCAUGAAAUCCCAAGACUUCAAUUCCUCUAACUGUAACAGGAAGCUAAUUGGCGCAAGGUAUUAUGUUAACCCUAAUGGGGACAAAAAUGAGAACACACCAAGGGACUCAUUGGGUCACGGGACCCACGUGGCGUCGACGGCGGUGGGUGCCGCCGUGAAAAACACAUCGUACUAUGGUCUUGCGGCGGGGACCGCGACGGGUGGGUCCCCAAAUACAAGAUUGGCGGUUUACAAAGUGUGUUCGACAAUUGGGUGUUUUGGUUCGGGCAUUUUAGCGGCGUUUGACGAUGCCAUUGCCGACGGAGUGAACUUGUUGUCUCUGUCGCUCGGUGGUUCCCCUGGAGCCAUAUCGGACUUCACGACGGACCCCAUUGCGAUCGGAGCAUUCCACGCCAUGGAGCACGACAUCCUGGUGGUGUGCGCCGCAGGGAAUAAUGGUCCAACUUCGAACACGGUUGUCAACGACGCACCUUGGAUUUUUACCGUUGCUGCUUCCACCAUUGACCGAGAUUUCCAAUCCUCCGUUGUCUUGGGUAAUAACAGCACCAUCAAGGGAAAAGCCAUAAAUUUCUCUCCUCUCUCAAAUUCUCCAAAAUAUCCAUUGAUAUAUGCUGAGGCUGCCAAGGCAAAUAGCGCAACCUUAAUUGAAGCAAGACAAUGCCACCCAGAUGCAUUAGAUGCAACUAAAGUUAAAGGAAAGAUAGUCGUUUGUGAUGGAAAAACUGAUCAUGAAGCAUUUAUCACUAAAGAUAAAGUUGAUACUGUAGAAAUGGCGGGAGGAAUAGGUUUGGUUCAUAUUACUGAUGAAGAAAAAAUAGCAACAAAAUAUGUGGACUUCCCAACAACGGUGAUAAGUUCAAAUGAUAGUGUCAAAAUUAUUCAAUAUCUCAAUUCAACAAGCAAUCCAACGGCGACAAUUCUUCCAACAGUUACAACUCUUGAUUAUAAGCCUGCUCCUGUGGUGCCAAUCUUUUCAUCAAGAGGGCCUUCACAGCUUUUUAGCAAUAUUCUCAAGCCUGAUAUUGCAGCACCGGGAGUUAAUAUUCUUGCAGCAUGGAUUGAAAAUAGUGAAGAAGAGGUUCCAAAAGGAAGAAAGCCCUCAUUAUACAACAUGAUCUCAGGGACUUCCAUGGCCACUCCACAUGUUUCAGGGCUUGCAAGUAGCAUCAAAACACAAAACCCUACUUGGAGUGCAUCUGCAAUCAAAUCGGCCAUCAUGACUACAGCAAUUCAAAACGACAACUUGAAGGCUCCCAUAACAACAGAUUCAGGGCCAGUAGCCACACCUUAUGACUAUGGAGCAGGUGAAAUAACAACAUCUGAGGCAUUGCAACCAGGGCUAGUUUAUGAAACCAACACCAUUGACUACUUGAACUUCUUGUGCUAUAUUGGACUUAACAUAACCAAUAUUAGGACCAUUUCCAAAAGUGUCCCUAAAAAUUUCAGUUGCCCCAAGGAUUCAAGUUCCAAUCUUAUCUCCAACGUUAACUACCCUUCCAUUGCAGUAAACUUCACUGGAAAAGGAGUUGUGAAUGUGAGUAGAACUGUCACAAACGUUGGUGAAAAAGAUGAAACAGUAUACUCCUCCGUUGUCAAUGCUCCUAGUGGAGUAAAGGUUACAUUAACUCCAAAUAAACUCCAGUUUACAAAAAGCAGUAAAAAACUAAGUUACCAAGUUAUUUUCUCCUCAACUCUAACCUCUUUGAAGGAAGAUCUAUUUGGAUCUAUUACUUGGAGUAAUGGAAAAUAUACGGUUCGAAGUCCUUUUGUAUUAACUAAAUAG